UGGCCCCAGAAACCCAGACUUCCAGCAGCUCCAUGGCUUCCAACUCCCCUGAGCUGUUUGAGGAGUCGUGGCCCUCCAGCUCAGGGACCCCUUCCUCACUGGGCACCUCUGAGGGACAGAUGGGGCUGUCCCCACCACUUACCCCGAUCGACAGCGGAGACUCAGUGGUGGCGAAGUACAUAAACCGCUUCCGGCAGGCUCAGCCCACAAGGCGAGAGGAACGCCAACCUGCAGGCCUAACCCCAACUGAAUUUUGGUGGCUGGAGUCUCCCCAUCCCAGUACUCAACCCACAGCAGCAGGGGCCUCCAGACAAGAAAGAAGUGCCGGCACCACAGUCCGGACUCCUGGGACUCCUGCCACGGCUAUGGACGCCCUGCAGGAAAGAGAACAGAGCUCCAAUCCCUGGAGGGCAGCCCUGCUGGACCUGGAGAUGCUGAGCCUGCAGAGCAGAGCUGCAAGAUUGCUCAAGCACAGCCAGGCCUCCCUCCACCCCAGCGAUGUCAGCAGCUCCUCGCUCCCCACCGGCUCGGAUGGCCUCCCACCCUCUUCGGUGACCAUUGCCCCAGACCGGAGCAAGAACUCGGGCCCCAGGGCCCCUGCCGCCCCGGCACCCACCCCCACCCCAGUGAUCCAAGCCCCUACUCCAGCCGCCUCGCCUCGGCUUCCAAUUUCCUCAAGGGCACCCCUGCGGCCAGAAGAUGAUAUUUUGUACCAGUGGCGACAGCGACGGAAACUUGAGCAGGCUCGAGGGGCCCAGGGUGACGGACCCUGGGUGCCGCCCCGGACCCCUACCUUCACCACUCAGGUCCCUGUUCCUACCCCUGCGGAGACUCUGGGUCCCCUGGCCACCCAGUCGACCUAUGUCCCCCUGUGGAACAGUGUGGCCCAGCCCAGUCCCCUGUGGAACAGUGUGGCCCAGCCCAGUCCCCCAGAGGCAUUCGCUGUGGCUAGACCUCCUAUUCCCCCGGGGCCCUCUUCACACAUCCUCUGGGGCCCUAGCCCCCACGGGUUCUUCUGGGCUCCGCAGCCUAGUCCUUGGGUACCUCUAGCACCGGUUCCACCUGUGCCACCGCCCUCUACCUCCACCCCUACUACAGCCCCCCAGGGCCAGCCCCCCUCUGCUGCCUGCAGCCCUGCCCAGCCCGAAAGGCAGGACCCCAAGCUCCCCCGGAGGGGCAGAACCCCAUGCCAGGAACCUGCUGAGCAAGUGGCGCCACCUAGCCCAGGACCUGGCCCGCAGCUCCGAGGUGCACUGGGACAGGUAGUGAGGGCUCGGCUGUUCCUGGACAGCUUGGAGGACACGCCCCCUCACCUGGAGGGUCCGCCCACCCCCGAGGCUGACUAUCUGCAGGCGCAGGCCAGGCGGCUUCCAGCCAAGGUUCCAUCCCCUCUUUCAGAGGCGCCUCUGCCCGAGACCCUGCCUCUUAGGUCCAAGACCAAGCCUAGGAAAACCGGGGGCCUGUCCAGCCCAACAGAGGCGGAGCCCCGGCAGGGUAAAGCCACGCCCUCAGCGGCUGCCCAGGGCCCGCCUCCCAAGGCCCCGCCCACCACAGACCACGCCCCCUCGGAGGACCUGCUCUCGCAGGCGGCUCAGCUCCUGGAAGCGGCUGAAGACUCGGACGGCAGCGAGUUCUCCGAGGACCCAGUGCUGCGAGUGCUGAGAGCCCAGAGGGCGGAGCUGCGGCGACAGAAAAGGAAAGUGGAUGCCAGUUUGUCCUGCUUACUGGGCCACGAAGAUGAGGUGGAGUCCAGUCCCCUUCAACCCGCCAGGUUGUCCCCCAGGUUCCCAAGGAGGGAGCCGCCACGGGAAGGAGCCUCCAGUGAGGCCAGGUGCCUUUGAACUGUACAAAUUCUGUAUUUCCCAAUAAAACACUUUUCAAGUUA